UGUUACAUAUUUGUUUAGAUUCGAGUUUGUCUUUCCAUUUUUCUUCUAAGACUUUUUCCUUUUAGCCCAAGACACAAGUAAACACCAUCAAAUAUAUAUAAGCGAGCGAUCUAGGGUUUCAAGUGUUCCGGUUGCGGCUGCAAGAAGUCUUUUCAAUGGGGGAUCGACUUUAUGAGAACCAGUUCACAUGGGUGAUUAAUAAUUUCUCCUCUUUGCAAUAUGAUGAGAAGAUAUAUUCUGAUGUAUUCGUGAUCGAUGGAUGUAAUUGGCGUGUUGUGGCGACUUUAAAGGGAAAUAAAUAUGAUGAGUCUCUGUAUCUUUCUUUGGCGGUCCCUGAUGCUGAGUCUUUGCCUUUUGGAUGGAGAAGACGCGCAGAGUUUUCUUUUACUAUAGUGAAUCAACUUUCUGAAAAACACUCCGAAGUGCAAGAUAUCUUUCGUGAUUUUACUGAAACAACAGAGGUCUUUGAUUACAAUACUCCUGAACGUGGUUGUGCAUCCAGUAUUCCCCUUGGAAAACUUGAUGCCAAAUAUUGUGGACUUAUAUUUGAUGAACAAGUCAAGAUUUUUGGAGAGCUUGAUGUUCUUGAAGUUAUCUUGCAAGAUAUCUUUCGUGAUUUUACUGAAACAACAGAGGUCUUUGAUUACAAUACUCCUGAACGUGGUUGUGCAUCCAGUAUUCCCCUUGGAAAACUUGAUGCCAAAUAUUGUGGACUUAUAUUUGAUGAACAAGUCAAGAUUUUUGGAGAGCUUGAUGUUCUUGAAGUUAUCUGCAAGUAUGAACCUAUCAGCAUUGAACUCCAUGGGUAUGUUCAAUCUUCAUCGGUAUUCUAA